UCGAUUACCAGACUGGAGCGUGGGCAAACCGAAAGGCUCGGUUGGGCAGCGCCUGUGCACUUGGCUCUGACCCCGCCAGGCGCUAGGAGGGCGUGACGCUGCCCUCACGUCUCCUCCCCGUCCUUUGGCCUCCGAGAAUCGCGCAACGACUCCCACGUAUUCGGUUGGAUUUCGGUCGAAUCCUGAUCGGCAAGGAACGCGAACCGGACCCCAAGGAGGCCCCGGGGCGGACGAAGCGAUUGAAUCCGUCUCUAGAACUUCUGAAUGUUUCUUACCAGUGGGAGCGUUCUCUGUACAGCAAAGCCAAUGGCUUAACUUCGGGGAGCGCUGGGGCAGCGUAGGCUCUGCUAUGCUUGGUGGAACUUGAGUUUGGAGGACACAGGGCUUUCUGUGAUGACAACAUGACUCACAGCAAAGGAAGAUCUGUCACCUGCAAGACGAGUGGCAGCCCCGAUAGUGGAGGAGGUUUUGUCAAUUGGACUUUAAAUCUAAACACCAUUCAGUCUGACAAGUUUUUGAACUUACUUCUAAGCAUGGUGCCAGUCAUCUACCAGAAGAACCAGGACGACAGGCAUAAGAAAGCGAAUGGCCUUUGGCAGGAUGGGCUGUCGGGCGGAGCACAGACCUUCAGCAAGAGGUCAGAGCCACAUCUGGACUACCACGAGUUCUCGGAGCAGGCCUUCCACGGCGGCGGCGGUGGGCAUGCGCCAGCCAGCUGCAGCCCCAAGUACGACGACUACGCCAGCUAUAGCUACUGCGACGGAAGGGAGGCUUCGGAAACCACCGCCAUGCUGCAGGACGAAGAUCUGUCCAGUGAGGGCGAUGAUGUUAUUGUGGAAACAAACCGGAAGCUCCCCAAGGAGUCCAGUGGCGUCAUGGCUCUGCAGAUUCUCGUGCCGUUCUUGCUGGCCGGGUUUGGAACAGUUUCUGCCGGCAUGGUUUUGGACAUAGUACAGCACUGGGAGGUAUUCAGGAACGUGACAGAAGUGUUCAUUCUAGUCCCUGCGCUGCUUGGCCUCAAAGGGAACCUGGAAAUGACGUUGGCGUCCCGACUAUCCACCGCAGUAAACGUUGGGAAGAUGGACUCACCCAUUGAGAAGUGGAAUCUGAUCAUUGGCAACCUGGCUUUAAAGCAGGUCCAGGCCACAGUGGUUGGAUUCUUAGCAGCCGUGGCAGCGAUCGUUCUGGGCUGGAUUCCAGAAGGGAAGUAUUACCUCAGCCAUUCCAUACUUCUGUGCUCCAGCAGCGUGGCCACCGCCUUCAUUGCGUCUCUUCUGCAGGGAAUAAUAAUGGUCGGGGUUAUCGUUGGCUCAAAGAAGACAGGCAUAAACCCUGACAACGUGGCCACACCCAUCGCUGCUAGUUUUGGUGAUCUGAUAACUCUCGCCAUAUUAGCGUGGAUCAGUCAGGGUUUGUACUCCUGCCUGGAGACAUAUUAUUACAUUUCUCCAUUAGUUUGUGCCUUUUUCUUGGCUCUGACACCUAUCUGGGUUAUAAUAGCUGCCAAACACCCAGCUACCAGGACUGUGCUCCACUCUGGCUGGGAGCCCGUCAUAACAGCCAUGGUCAUAAGCAGCAUUGGGGGCCUUAUUCUGGACACAACUGUAUCCGACCCGAACUUGGUUGGGAUUGUCGUUUACACGCCAGUUAUCAACGGUAUCGGUGGCAAUUUGGUGGCCAUUCAGGCCAGCAGGAUUUCUACCUACCUCCAUUUACACAGCAUCCCCGGAGAGCUGCCCGAAGAGCCCACAGGCUGUUCCUACCCAUUUAGGACGUUCUUUGGCUCAGGUGUGAACAAUAAGUCUGCCCAAGUUCUUCUGCUCCUGGUGGUUCCUGGCCACUUGAUUUUCCUGUACACGAUUCACCUGAUGAAGAGCGGCCACACCUCUCUGACUGUCGUCUUCGUUGUCGUGUAUCUCCUUGCUGCUGUGCUACAGGUGUUCACCCUGCUGUGGAUCGCAGACUGGAUGGUCCAUCGCUUCUGGAGGAAAGGGAAGGACCCGGACAGUUUCUCCAUCCCCUACCUAACGGCGCUGGGUGACCUGCUCGGGACAGCUCUGCUGGCCUUAAGUUUCCAUUUUCUCUGGCUUAUUGGAGACCGUGAUGGCGACGUGGGGGACUAACGGGUCCUCGAAGCUGAUGCAGGGCCACCCAGGAGGAGAACACAAGGCAGCCACUGCUGCCCCUCCCGUCCCCAAAGCUCUUCAUCAGUCAUGUGACUUACGCCAGGGUCGUCUGCGGUUCACCCUGACUCCAUACUUGGCCUUAAUGUACUUUUUAAGGAAUUUGUGCUGGAACCACAAUGAACGGUAUUUGUGCUGCUUUUUGUAGAAUAAAUAAUUUGACACAGACAUAGAUACAAGCUCACACUCUAAAAUUUCUUAGGAAAGAAUAUAGGAUGUUUACAAUGAAUGGUGUUGAAACCACAGACCUAGCAGACAUGUACUUUGCUCUUUUUUAUUUUGUUUUUUGUUUUUCGAGACAGGGUUUCUCUGUGGCU